AUGUCAUUCCUCCCCUCCAUUCGUGCCUCCACCCGCCAAGCUAUGCGGACCAACUUUGCUGUGCCAGCUGCCACAUUCCACUCGUCAGCAGCCCGGAGCUUGAAGGAGAAUGAUAAAAACCGCGAGGACCUCCCCAACCACUACGAAUAUCACAAGCAAGAAAGUCUCAAGGGCAGCAAAGUAGGCAAGGGGCAGUGGAAGUCAGAGCUGGCUAGUGAAAGCGAGGCCGAAGUCAAAGCGGAUCGCGGCGAGUUAGAUGGCGACGUCACUUUCAAGGAGAUGCAGGAGAAGACGAAACAUGUUCGGAGCGAGAAGGUCAAGCAAUAA